GUAGAAAUAAAUGGUUUUAUGAUGUAGGCUCAUUUGCAUGAAUCUCAAAUCCAGGUGGGGAAGGUCUUUAAGGCAGGCUCUAAUUCUGCAGGUGUGCAUGUUUAAAAACAUGGUUGUGAGUAUUUCUUUCUUUACUUGCGUGUGAAUAUCUGUGUUUAUUUUUAGCAAUGUGCAUAAGUGUCUGUGAGUUUGGGCUCUUGGGGAACGUUUUGGCCUAAUGGGUCUCAGGACUGUCAUUCAGCAACCUAUUAAAUCGUCUGUAUAGUUUUAUGAGUGGAUAGUCGCAGUGAUUUUAAUGGGAUUAAAUUUGCUUACAUCCAAGCAGUUUUUGAGUCAGGGUGAAGGUUACUGCAUGAUAAAAAAUAUUUAAGAUGGACAAUAUAAUAAAGGGAAGCAAACCAACAAAAAAUUACCUCGAAUACACAGAUUUUCCACAGCCAGUGGAUUGCCCAGAGAAAAAAACACCAUUUAACUAAAAUGCUGCCUGCCACAGAACCAUCAAAGGCCCACCAGUUCCUGAAAGGGACCUUGAGAUGUCAUUUGUCCCCCUGCUCCAUGGCAGGAUCAUCUGUCACCAAGGCAUUCCUGACAAUUGUAACCAUUUACAAGCAGCUCAAAAAUGGCUGAAAAACGCCAGGAAUGGGAACGUCCUUCAGAUCUCAGCACUGAAGGGGAAAUCGGGGACAUCCGGGACGGAGCAUUCAAUCACAACCAUAAUGAAAAACCUCCCUACAGAACCUGAAAAUGCAGAGCCCUGACCCAAGGCACAAAAGAACAGGAAGCACUGGCAGCAGGAGCUCUCAGGAGCCACAGCUGAAAAAAGCCUGAAUCAGCAGGCAAAACAGAUAAAAUAGUAAAUUGACAUGUUCUGUUGGAAAUUAUAACUUGAAAUGAAAAACAAAUCUGUGACUAGCAGAGAAAGCUGAAACAGAGAUUGGAUGUGUAGGAAAAGAGCUUCAUGCUUCUAGACAGUGUAAUUGAUGUUCCACUUGGGACAGAAUAUCAGUGGUAUCCAGUGGGGACAGCAGCUGUUGGAUAUGACACGUGGUACUUCUGGCUGAAGGGAAAAUGCUGAAAGGAAAAAAUACUGACUAUUAAAUUGUUGGAAAUAACGAGCAAAGAAAGCUCAUGGGAAAAGUGGCCAAAGAAUUGAAAAUCAAUGCAGGAUGAGGUAACAGAGACAUGCCUGAAAACCUCAUGGUUUGAACUGGAAGUUUUUACUAUGCUGGAAAGUCACAGAGGCUUAAAAAAAUUAUAUACAUCAGGAAAAUCACUGAACUCAAAAGGGAGCCAUGAAAAGCAAAGACAGAAGAGAGCUCAUUACCAAGGCAGAACCAAGGAAGAGCUUGGUGGUGUAUUUCAAAGAAGUUGUGACCAGGUUGGGCUUCACCACGUUUCAAAGGAACUGGGGAACCUGAACCUGUCUUCUGCUCUUUUUUUUUGUGUUAAGAACAGCAACCAAAAGCACAGGCUGCAUCCAUCAUGCUGAAAAACACAGCCAGCACAGUGUGACAGGACAAGAGCUUCAAGAAAUGGGGAGGAACUAAGUGAAUGUCUUUCAAGAAGUGAUUUAGCCUCCAGAAUGGGAGUGUGGAGGCAAGAAUUUGAGGUCUGUGAUAAAGGUCCUGCACACUGGAGGGGUGUCCUUGCUUUGUCCUGGGGACAGUGUUCUGCAGGGAUACUACAGCAGGUGAAAGGUGCUGUGACUGGAGGAUUUGAAGGAAGGCAAGCUGAAUUUUUAGAGACUGGCUGUUCAUGUUGCUGAUUACCAUGGAGUGAUUGUUCUCCAGGAAAGCCAUCUUCUUUUGCCAUUGAAGAGCUGACUUUCCAGAGUCACCAUGUAUCAUGAAGAGAUUUAGAUGGUAGGGCACAUGUGAGAUCUGCAAAGUCCCCAGGAGAAACAUCAGGAACAGGCACAGAGAUCAGAGUGCUCAGUGAGGGUGAGCAAAGGCACAGCUGCCAGGAGGAUGCUCAGGAUCAUUUCUCUGCUGCUGUUUGCCACUGGCAUGGACUGACUCUGGAAUCAGGGUCCAGACUUUAGUACAGGCUCUGCAGUUUGCCAUGGUAUCAAGGGACAGUUAUUGUGAGAUGGCUUUGCAAAGCCAUCCUCUUCUCUUGGAAGAAAGAACAGUCCUGGCAAGGGUAGGGUGAGCUUAGCCCCAAAUCAAUUAACUUAAAUCCAUUCUUGUUGUAACACAGAUGUCAUGGUGAUGCAAAAUCCUGACAAUUUGGAGGAAUUCCUUUUUCCAGGAAACUAUAAGAAGAAGGCUGGAGGCGACCACUCCUGCCCCUCAUCCCACUAUGGAAAAGCUUCAUCUCACUGUACCCUCAAGUGUGAGAGCUCAUGCUCUAAAUGCCAGCACAUUUGUGAUCAUCUAAAUCAUGUGCCAAAGACCAGUGAUGGAGAGAGCAAAAUUCCCCAGGAAAAUAUUUAAGAAGACACCUUAAUGGACAGCAAGGAGGAUGGGUGAAUGACUGUUCACAAGAGUAACGAAUGAUGAGCGGACCUUGAGGGUGAUGUUCCUUUAAGAAAGUCACUUCAUCUCUGAUGUAAACUACCUACAGAGGUAUGUAAACAUUUUCACUGGCUGGUAAAGUGUAUAUUCAACAGAUUUGUAAUCUCUUAAAACCCCAAAGGCAUAAUGGAAUGGGAAUGUGCUCUGUUUCAUGUCAGGUUUGCACCACAUGCUUCAAUUUUUCACAUCUGAAAUCAGAUAGAUCAGCACCGUGUUGCCUUGGAAAACCAGCUACCGCAUGUUAGCCCGCUCUGUGGCAACGUAGGCUUGUUCUCAAAUCAGUCACUAGGGAUUUUUAAACUGGGUUAAAUAUGCAUGGCUCAUUUGUAUCUCAAUCCCUUUGGCUGGCUGGCUUUUAACUUUCUUUUAUUGUUUAAAUAACUUUCAGAAAAACACAGUGGCUAUUAAAUCUCUUUAAUGUAUUUGAUAACUUUUCCCCCUGCACAACUUGCUAUGGCUCUCAAGGCAGUGAUUCCUGUCAAAACCAAGGUGAAUGUCAUCACUGGAGGUUAGCUGAAGACUUCAUCUUGUGUGCCCCUCAUGGCAAACCAGCAAUCACCUCUUCCCAGCCUCCCAGCACCCUCUGCAUGUCAAUUUGCUGCAGGUAUUUGCUGAAUGUGGAGCAGCCAAAUAGGCAAAGGUGGACAUUAAAGCAGAGAAGGUAAUUUGGGGCUUUUUGUUGAAAGAGGAGGGUUAUCCACAUGUGAUAAAGCCCAAGAUAGUUUGUGUUCCAGAGAUUAAAUAACCCUGGCCUGACUCAUUUUUUGUCACUGCCCAUCAAAAACCAGUUCCACUGAAGCUACACCCUAAGUUUUUUAAGCAGGAAAGCCCAACUAUUCCUCAUAAAGGAAACUGUUCCUUUUCUCACUGUCUAGGAAAGUGUACUUUAAAGACAUAAAAAGAAUAUAGCAGUUAAUCUUUUCCUGGAGCCAGCGCUUGCUACAUCAUGUCCAUUCCCGGCGCUGUCAAUCAUUAUCCAGCCAGCACAUUGUUCAGAAGGUGGAGCUGUCAGGCAGAAGGAAUGAAAGGAAGUGACACUGGGAUUGGACAUGCACUGGCUAAAUACCUGGACAGUUUGGGUUUUGUUGUGUUUGCUGGGGUUCUGAACAAGGACGGCCCUGGGGCGGAGGAGCUGCGGCGCUCCUGUUCCCAGAGACUCUCUGUCCUGCAGCUGGACAUCACUGACACCACUCAGGUCAAGGAGGCCUAUCUGAGAGUCUCAGAGAAGGUGCAAAAUGCAGGACUCUGGGGUGUCGUGAACAAUGCAGGAAUCCUGGGCUUCCCUGCUGAUGGGGAGCUGCUCCCCAUGAGCACCUACAGGCACUGCAUGGAGGUGAAUUUCUUUGGGGCUGUGGAGGUGUCCAAGACCUUCUUGCCGUUGCUCCGGAAAUCGCGGGGGAGGCUGGUGAACAUGUCCAGCAUGGCAGGAGGCAUUCCACUACCGAGGUAUGCUGCGUACGGGGCAUCCAAAGCAGCUCUGUCCAUGUUUUCUGGAGUAAUGAGGCAAGAGCUUUCCAAAUGGGGCAUUAAAGUCACGGCAAUUCAUCCAUCAGGCUUCAGAACAGGUAUCGAAGGCACGGCUGAGCAGUGGGAUAAACAAGAGAAGGAGCUGAUGGAGAACCUCCCUGCAGACACCAGGCAGGCCUAUGGAGAGGAGUAUCUCCUGGGGCUGAGGAAUUACCUCCUCCACCUGCCCUCCCACUGUGCCCCCGACCUGUCCCCCGUGCUGGGCGCUGUCCUGCAGGCCCUGCUGGCCAGGAGACCCCAGGGCCUUUACACCCCUGGCAAGGGGGCUUACAUCCCCCUCUGCAUCUUCUGCUGCUUCCCCCUCUGGUUCUACGACUUCUUCAUUAGCAGGAUGCUGAGUGCUGGCUCUGUACCAAGGGAGCUGAGAGCAUCAGGAGAUGAAGGCAAGAACCUCUGAGGUGUCCACUGGUGUUUAUCUCCCUGGAUGAGGUAGCUGGGAAGAACUCUGUAAGGACAUUGCUACUUACUGUGCUUUGUUAAGUUGCAUUGACACUGCCCUGCAAAGAGGGAAAUCUUUGUGUUGAGGAUAAUGUUUGUGGAAAAGCAGUGGAUAAACAUAAACAGAAGACUAUUCCAAGAUGGGGCAUUUUUUGAGGAAUUUCAGUGUUUUCCUGUUGUCUUUGUGUCCUGCUUUCUGUGUAAGGUACCUCAUGAAAUUAUAUAGUUCCUGUCUGCUUCUAAAGGCAUCUCCAACUCAGAGAGAUGCAGAACAUGUUUUGUUAAAGCAAAACAAAAACCCCUAGAGAAUCACCAACCUUAAAUCUUGUAAGAAGUUAAAUAUAUUCCUAUUGUUGAAGAGACUUAGAACUGUGUAAUGCAAGUCUUUUUCUCUACAUCUUCAGCCUAAUAUAUUUGGGUCUGGUGUUUUCAUUCUGUUGCUGUUGAACCUGAGAAAUGAUUGUCCUUUCCCCCCUAAGUUUUGUAAUGUAGUGUUUUAAAGUUUGUAAUUUAUUCUCUUUGCUAGAAUAAGCAACAGAAAUUAUUUGGCAUGGGGGGGUGGGGAAAUGAAUGCAAACAGAUCACGAUCUUUAUGAAGAGAGGAACAAUUUCCUUCCUACAGUAAUAAAAAUAGUCCUAGUGGGUGUAUCAGCUGCUAAUUUGGUCUGUCUGAGUCAUUCUGUGCAUUGCCUGUAUAUGCUUGUGCUUAUCUAAUUGUUAGUAAACUCUGAUGUCACUUCUUUUUAUACAAUUUCUUACUCAAGUCUGGGUUUACAAAGAAUUAAUGUUUUUUUCCCACUUCUCCUGAUACCUUCUUGUGUCUCCCUCUGCUUUGGGGGGAGAUUAUGCUGACUUGUCUAAGAUCAGUCAAUCUUCGUCUGGCUUUGCUGGAGUCCAGUGCCCAACUUGUGAUAGAUUGGGGUUGCUCCCCUUCCCUAAUUUCAUUCCAGGAGCACCAGGUGCCCUCUCUGGUGCCCCUUACCAUAAACCAGUGGCAAGUGGUUGGGCAACUCACCUGUAUUUCUCCUACCUUAUUGUCUUUUUGCAUUGUCUUUCACAUCCUUGGGCUUUGAAAGGCUGUGAUAUUUUGGAAAGAAACUCUCAUCCCCCCAAGUCCCAUGGUUUGGCCAUGUGUCCUGUCUUUGAUAAGAUGCAUUUCUUUUCCAGUGAUGAAAAACUAAAGGUGAUCACAUUCUGAGCUUUAAAUGUAGACACACUUUUUCCUUUCCUUUCUGAGCAACUUCUAAGCUUUUGUCAUAAUCCUACUCGUGUGAUGUGCUCUUGCACCCAACUGGACAAAAUCACUAUUUAAUUUGCAAUGAUGGUGUUUGUUCCAUCACUGUCCUGUGUCUGUUACAUCAGUGUGAGACUCCUGUAAAUGCACAGAGGAUGCUCAGGGGGCUCGGGCCACUGUUUGAAUCUGUGCUCCAGUGGGGGAACCCUCCUGUCCUGCACACUUUGCCACAAUAGCUGCUUUUGCUAGAGGUUUAUCACCUGUGGGUUUAUAUCUGUGCCCUGCUUGCAGACUUGCUUUCCUUGGAGGAGGUGUGCUUGAUGUUUUGAACUCAGGAAAUCUGAGACUGUCUUUCUCCCUCUCUCUCUCUCUCCCAAUUUCUUUCUUUAUCUAUUUCCCUAACUUUUUUAUGUGUCAGCAAAAAUGUGUAAUAAAAAAAUGUAAU